AUGUAUUGUCCUUUUUGCGGUUCGGGAAUAAACCCCGAAACGACAUUCUGUAGUUCGUGUGGAAAGAAUAUAACAUUCCUGCGUGAUGUCCAAAAACCAAGCACAAGUCAGGGAGGCAUAAAAGAAGAGGGUGCACUGGAGUCGUUCCGGAAUUUCAGGAUAUCAAAAGAGAAGGAGAGGCAAUUAAGUUUCAAAAAGAAAAAAGAACCGCUGAAAGAAAACCUUGUGAAGAUUUCGGUAGGCCUUAUGCGACUGAAAGAUGGAGUCUUGAGUCCUAUGAGAGGAAUGACACUCCCCCUUUCACUCAAACCAAGCUCAGAUGCCAAAGAAUUGCAAAAUGCGGCACUGCAAAAAUUGAAGGCCUUCAACAAAAACUUACCUCCUGGUCCCCACUUUCUGGUGUAUCCUGAUGGUACAAAGAUAGUAAAUAUACCAGGAACAAACACCCCAUUCUCUGUAAAAGACUACAAGGAGGCAGUUGGGAAAGCGUACCAACGCAUCACAGUGUACAUUUGUACAGUUGAAGAUUUCAUGACCUGUUCUCAGGAGGCCACCACAGAUUCCGAGGACUCCGAUUCAGAGGUGAUCAUCAUGAGCAGUAGUGAGACGGAGUUCAAUACAGUGAUAUCGGAACCUGCCUUGAACAGUACAAGCGAUUAUCAACAAUCACACACUGAUUUAACAGCUCUGAACUUGCCUUCCAACUCACAAAUGGACCAAGGAACAGCAGUGAAUGUGAUGGAAACUACUAGUUACAUAAAAUACACGGAGUUGUAUUCACCCAUUGUGAUCGAUGAUCAAGAGGAUAAAGAAGUUAAAGGUGUGGACAGUUCCAAUAAAAGCCAUGAUACUCCAAAAGAAACAGAGGUGGAACAGCUGUCUGCUUCAGAUAUAAUACAAAAUCUGACACUCCAGAUUGACCAUAAACAUGUCAACAGAUUUAACAUCUGUCGCUCUGACAUCUGGGAUGGAGCUGUUAGGGGACUCAAAAGGGGAACAUUUUCUGAAAACUAUGAUCUCCUAGUUAAGUUCUCUGAUGAUGCUGGAAGGUUUGAGGAAGGUAUCGAUACCGGUGGCCCAAAGAGAGAAUUCCUCUCCCUGCUCAUGAAGGAGCUCUACAGACGACCAAUAUUUGAUGGACCUGCAGAGAGCCGCUACCUUGUUUACAAUUCAACAGCAAUAAAAGUGGAUGAAUAUUAUUUGGCAGGCAAGAUGAUUGCUAUGUCCAUAGUACACGGUGGUCCAGGUCCAAAUUUCCUCUCAAAGGAUCUGGUCAACUUCAUCUCAGGGAAAUCCAGUUUUGCGUCAUCUAUAGGAGACAUUACAGAUGAAGAUAUAGGGAAAGUGCUACGAGAGAUUCUAAAUGCACCGUCCCUGGAGAAUCUGCGAGACCUGCUGGCAGAGAACAGUGCUGUGUUGCAAACUGCAGGAUGUUUCAGACAUGUCAAGGCACUGGAGGAAAAAGACAAAAUUGUGAAGGACUACAUGUGGUGGUACAUCAUCGACAGGAACCAUGUUGCAAUUGAAAGAUUUAAAGCCGGGCUCGCCAGUUUGCAGUUUUUGACAGCUCUACAGCAGCAUCCCACGAUUCUGACCCAUGUCCUCUGCCACACGAAUAAGAGAUUAACUGCUAAGGAGGUUGAACAUCUGUUCAAACCUGAGAUGAGCCCAGAUGGAAGCAACAGGAAGGUCCUGGAGAAUCAAACAAUGAGCUACUGGGCAGACUACCUACUUGAUUGUGAAGAACAAGACAGUUCGGUGUCUCUUGAGGAGCUCUUCAUGUUUGCCACAGGUGUACCAUGCGUGCCUCCAGCAGGAAUUGAUCUAACUCCACGCCUCGAGUUUCUCACCAGUUCGAAAUUUCCAAUGGCAAAUACAUGUUCCAAUACUUUAAAGCUGCCUCUGCUGCAUUGCUACAGUGCCUUUAAAACCAACAUGAAUUUUGGGAUAAAGAAUUCCCCUGGAUUUGGAUGUCAUUAA